AUGUCUGACCAAGGAAGUGACAGUGUUAAGAAAAUUACAAGUUUUAACGGUCGUGUUUCUAAGGAUGGAUCUGGCCAAUUUCCAGCACAGAAAGGUAGAUACCAUUUGUAUGUUAACCCAGGUUGUCCUUAUGCACAACGAGUCAUGAUCAUGAGAACGUUGAAAGGUUUAGAAGAUAUCAUUACGAUGGAUAUUACACACUGGUAUAUUCAUGAAAACGGUUGGUUUUUCGACGAGACAGUAGAUACGUGUACUAAAGAUACAGUUAAUGGCUUCAAAUUUUUAAGAGAGGCUUACGAACAGACUAAUACAAAGUAUAGCGGUAGAAUUACUGUACCCGUACUUUACGACAAGGUUAACAAGGUCAUCGUUAAUAACGAAUCUGCCGAAAUCAUGGAAAUUCUAAACAGCGAAUUUAAUGAAUUUUGCUCUACUCAAGAGCAAAAGGAUUUAAAUUUAUAUUCUAAAGAGCAUGAAGAAACGGCCAAGGAAUUAUUAGGCUGGAUAACACCAAACAUUAUUUCCAGAGUCUUUCGUGUUCGUGAUGCCACUGAUCAAGAAAGUUAUAAUCAAUCUGUCGAUACUCUAUUCGAGAAUCUCGAUCGAUUAGAAAAACACCUUUCUAAUCGUCGUUACCUAACAGGAAAGACUAUAACGCACGCAGAUGUCAAGUUAUUUGUAGCAUUAGUUCGUUUCGAUGUGGCAUAUUACGUGGUGUAUAAGUGUAAUACAAAACGUAUUGCUGAUUAUCCAAACAUUUGGGGCUAUUUGCGAGAUCUUUAUCAAUCUCCAGGCUUUGGAGAAACGGUUAAUAUUGAGCAUAUUAUGAAGCUACACUAUGUGAGCGACAAAAAACAGAAGCCUACUAAAAUCUGUCCUAAAGGACCAGUUGUCGACUUUACUGGCAAGCAUGGACGUGAAGCAUUAGCAUCAGCAUAG